CCGAGCAUGGCCAGGGCCGCGGCCGUCCUGCUGUCCCUCAUUCUGCAGCUCACGAGCCGGACACUGGCCCCGGGGACCAGCAGAGGUGGGGCCAUCUCCAGGGAGCCCCUUGGUCUUGGUGACGUCCACGACUACCAGUCAGCGGGGCCAGCCCAUUCGUCAGCCCCUGCUGGGGCCCCCGAGGAACGGUGGCGCCCCCUGGAGGAGCGGCUGGAAAGGCUGGAGGCUGAAGUCACGGAGCUCAGAGAACAGAACAAGGAACUGCAGGGCAGGGUGAUGCAGCUGGAGUCCUGUGAGUGCCACCCGGCUUCCGCCCAGUGUUGGGGGUUGGGCCGGGCCUGGCCCGAGGGGGCUCGUUGGGAGCCCGAUGCCUGCACAGCCUGUGUCUGCCAGGACGGGGCUGCAAACUGUGUCCCCAAGCCCGGCCCGCCCCACUGCCACGGCUGCAGCCACAAUGGUCAGGCCUAUGGCAAUGGGGAGACCUUCACCCCAGAUGCCUGCACCACCUGCCGCUGCCUGGACGGUGCUGUAACUUGCACCCAGAAGCCAUGCCCGAGAGGACCCUGCCCAGAGCCAGGAGCAUGCUGCCCACACUGCUGCCCUGGAGGCCACAGAGAUGGGGAAACGUGGCAAUUGGAGCGCUGUGUUAUCUGCACCUGCCAGGCAGGGACAGUGCGGUGCCAGGGGCCCUCAUGCUCAGAGCUGAACUGCCUGGAGAGCUACACCCCACCUGGGGAGUGCUGCCCCGUCUGCCGGCCAGGCUGUGAGUAUGAGGGGCAGCUUUACAAGGAAGGGGCCAACUUCCUGUCCAGCUCCAACCCUUGUCUCCAGUGCUCCUGCCUGAGGAGCCUGGUUCGCUGCGUGCCCAUGAACUGCCCGCCCAUCCCCUGCCCCAAGCCAGUCCUGAGGCCUGGGCACUGCUGCCCGACCUGCCAAGCUCAAGGCUGCACAGAAGAUGGUUCUCACUGGGAGCAUGGCCAAGAGUGGACCACCCCUGGGGACCCCUGCCGGAUCUGCCAGUGCCUGGAGGGCCACAUCCAGUGCCGCCAGCGAGAAUGUGCCAGUCUCUGCCCAUACCCUGCCCGGCCCCUCCCGGGCACCUGCUGCCCUGUGUGUGAUGGCUGUUUCCUAAACAGGCGGGACUACCGCAGUGGGGAGCCUGUGGGCUCUGGGGACCCCUGCUCACACUGCCGUUGUGCCAACGGGAGUGUCCAGUGUGAGCCUCCGCCCUGCCCACCGACGCCCUGCAGACACCCAGGCAGGACCCCGGGGGAGUGCUGCCCUGUCUGUGACAGCUGUGAGUACCAGGGGCACCAGUAUCAGAACCAGGAGACCUUCCAGCUCCAAGAGAGUGGCCGCUGUGUCCGCUGCGCCUGCCAGGCUGGCGAGGUCUCCUGUGAGGAGCGCGAGUGCCCAGGCACGCCUUGCACCCUGCCUGACUCUGGCCCCCGGCUCUGCUCAGUCUGCGUGCUUGAUGGAGAGGAGUUUGCUGAGGGUGUCCAGUGGGAGCCUGAUGGCCAGCCCUGCACGACCUGCUCCUGUCAAGCUGGGGUGCCUGUGUGUGGGACUUUGCUCUGCUCCCCAGCCCCCUGCCAGCACCCCACCCAGCCCCCGGGUGCCUGCUGCCCCAGCUGUGAGGGCUGCACUUACCACGGCCAAGUGUACGCCAACGGGCAGAACUUCACAGACGCAGACCCUUGCCGCACCUGCCGCUGCGAGGACGGGACCGUGACGUGCUCCUUGGUCAACUGCCCUCCCACAACCUGUGCCAGGCCUCAGAGUGGACCCGGCCAGUGCUGCCCCACGUGCCCAGACUGCGUCCUGGAGAAACAGGUGUUUGUGGACGGUGAGCGCUUCUCACACCCCCGAGACCCGUGCCAGGAAUGCCAGUGCCAGGAAGGCCAUGCCCACUGCCAACCCCGGGUCUGCCCCCGGACCGCCUGUGCCCACCCGCUUCCUGGUGUCUGUUGCCAGAGCAACUGCAAUGGUUGUGCCUUUGGAGGGAAAGAGUACCCCAAUGGGGCUGACUUCCCCCACCCCUCUGACCCCUGCCGGCUGUGUCACUGUCUGGGAGGCAAUGUGCUGUGCCUGGCGCGCCGCUGCCCGCCCCUGUCCUGCCCAGAGCCGGUCCUGCUGCCUGGAGAGUGCUGCCCACAGUGCCCAGCCACCCCCUCCGGCUGCCCUCGGCCGGGGGGCUUGGUCCCUGCCCGCCACCAGGAGCACUUCUCCCCGCCCGAUGACCCCUGCCGCCGCUGCCUCUGCCUGGACGGCUCGGUGACCUGCCAGCGACUGCCCUGCCCGCCCGCGCCCUGCAGCCACCCGCGCCAGGGGCCCUGCUGCCCCUCCUGUGAUGGCUGCCUGUACCAGGGGAAGGAGUUCGCCAGUGGGGAGCGCUUCCCUUCGCCCACUGCCGGCUGUCACGUCUGCCUCUGCUGGGAGGGCAGCGUCAGCUGUGAGCCCAGGGCUUGUGCACCUGCACAGUGCCCCUUCCCUGCCCAGGAUGACUGCUGCCCUGCCUGUGACGGCUGUGAGUAUCUGGGGGAGUCCUACCUGAGCGGCCAGGAGUUCCCGGAUCCCCAUGAGCCCUGCAACCUGUGUACCUGCCUUGGAGGCUUCGUGACCUGCGGCCGCCGGCCCUGUGAGCCCCUGGGCUGCAGCCACCCACUCACCCAAGCUGGGCACUGCUGCCCAACCUGCCAGGGAUGCCUCUAUCAUGGGGUCACUGCUGCCCCUGGAGAGACCCUUCCUGACCCACUAGACCCCACCUGCUCGCUCUGCACCUGCCAGGCCGGCCAGGUCAGCUGUGUGCGGCAGCCCUGCCCGCCCCUGUCCUGCCCGCUCCAGGUCAUGGAGCAGGGGAGCUGCUGUCCUCGCUGCAGAGGCUGCCUGCUCCAUGGGGAGGAGCACCCCGAAGGCAGUAGCUGGAAGCCCCCCGACAGCCCCUGCUCCUCCUGCAUGUGUCAUGAGGGUGUCGUCACCUGUGCCCGCGUCCAGUGUUCCACCUCCUGCGCCCAGCCCCACCAGGGGCCCAGUGACUGCUGCCCUCGGUGCUCCGACUGUGAGCAUGAGGGUCGGAAGUAUGAGCCAGGAGAGAGCUUCCAGCCUGGUGCAGACCCCUGCGAAGUAUGCGUCUGUGAGCUGCAGCCUGAGGGGACACCCAGCCUGCACUGUCACCGGCGGCAGUGCCCCCGCCUGGUGGGCUGCCCCGCCGGCCAGCUCCUGACCCCGGGGCCCCAGCAGUGCUGCCCCACCUGUGCCGAGGCGCUGAGUCACUGCACGGAGCACCUGCUGGGGUCUGAGUUGACCCCACCAGACCCCUGCUACACCUGCCGGUGCCAGGACCUGACUUGGCUCUGCAUUCACCGGGCCUGUCCUGAGCUCAGCUGUCCCCUGCCGGAACGCUACAUACCCCCUGGGAGCUGCUGCCCCGUGUGCCAGGAAUGUGUGGUGGAGGCUGAGGGCCGGACAGUGGCGGAUGGAGAGAGCUGGCGGGACCCCAGCAACGCCUGUGUCACCUGCACCUGCCGUCGGGGCCACGUGGAGUGCCGCCUGGAGGAGUGCCAGGCGCUCACCUGCCCGCGCGGCUGGGCGAAGGUGCGGGAGGCUGGCAGGUGCUGUGAGAGGUGCCAAGCCCCCGCCCCGUCGUGCGCGCACCAGGGCCGGCGGGUGGCCUCCGGGGAGCGCUGGGACGUGGACGCCUGCACCAACUGCUCCUGCGUGGCAGGCACCGUGCGCUGCCACAGCCAGAGCUGCGCGCCGCUCUCCUGUGAGCCCGACGAGGCCCCCGCCCUGAGUCCCGGCAGCUGCUGUCCCCGCUGCCUGCCCCGGCCCGCUUCCUGCAUGGCCUUCGGAGACCCUCAUUACCGCACCUUCGACGGCCGCCUGCUGCACUUCCAGGGCAGCUGCAGCUACGUGCUGGCCAAGGACUGCCGUGGCGGGGACUUCAGCGUGCACGUGGCCAACGAUGACCGGGGCCUGAGCGGCGUGUCCUGGACCCAAGAGGUGGCUGUGCUGCUGGGAGACGUGGCCGUGCGGCUGCUGCAGGGCAGGGAGGUCACGGUGGAUGGCCGCCCCGUGGCCUUGCCCUUCCUGCAGGAACCGCUGUUCUACGUGGAGCUUCGGGGACACACGGUGGUGCUGCACUCCCAGCCGGGCCUCCAGGUGCUGUGGGAUGGGCGGUCCCAGGUGGAGGUGAGAGUGCCUGGCUCCUACCGGGGCCACAUGUGUGGGCUCUGUGGCAACUUCAAUGGCUUUGCCCAGGAUGACCUGCAGGACCCUGAGGAGCUGCUCCGGCCCACUGAGGCUGCGUUUGGGAAUAGCUGGCAGGUGCAAGAGGGCCAAGCCUGCCCAUCAGUCCUGGAACUGCCCAACGUGCUGCUGCAGAUGGAGCGGAGCCGGCGGGCCCAGGAGCAGCUCCUGUGGGAUUUGGAGCUGCUGACUGGGGCAGGCCUGGGCCUCUUCUGGCCACCCUGGGCCCAGUUCUGUGACCUAAGGGCCCAGGUCCAGCACACACAGAACCAGCGCAGAAAGCCCCAGAGCAGGACAGAUGACAACUCUGAGCGGCUGUCGAGUGGGAAUUCCAGGCUGUGCCCACCACCCCAGACUGAGGACUCCCUAAGCCAGAACCAUCAGCUCCUGGAGGGGGGUCGGGCAGCGGACCCGCCAUCAGCCCUGGAUCUGAGGGAAGCCAGCCUGGAUGCAGACCCAAGGCAGGAGAGCCCUGGCUUGCCUUCGGAAGGGCCCACAUCUGGUUGCUUCCAAGAGCUGAACCUCACCACCAGCAGUAGCCCUGGAGAACCAGGAAUCUCAGAGUUCAAGGCCCAGGAGCGGUGAUGCUAGAGGCCCCAUGCACUGGGGGCUCCGGGCAGCGGGAGCGCCCCGCUGCUCUCCCAGGGGACCUGGGCCCGCUGCGCGAUCCGCCCUCGCUUCAGGGCCCAGGAGGAAGCCCUGGC